CAUCCACCCCCCUCCUCAUCCAUCAUGCCCAAUCCAGCAGCCGACUUGACCCAAAAAAACGCCGACUACUACGACAAAGAAGCCACUACCUACGCCCUCGACCCCUCCAAACUCCACCUCGCCCGCCUCAUCUCCACUACAAUCCUAACCUCCCCCUCCAUUCCCUCCCCCACAUUCACCGAAUCCUCCACCCGAAUCCUCGAUUUCGCGUGUGGUGUUGGGUUAUUGAGUCAAUGUCUCACACCACACGCGAAGGAGAUCGUAGGUGUUGAUACGAGUGCGCGGAGUAUUGAGGUCUAUAAUCGGCGGGUGUGGGAACAGGGGUUGGAGGCCUCUGAUAUGCGUGGAGUCUGCGCUGACCUCUUAAGCUUGGGCGAUGAAGGGGAGAAGCCGGAGCAGGGCGUGGGGAAGGGGAGUUUUGAUGUUGUUGUGUGCAGCAUGUCAUACCACCACUUCCACUCCAUCUCGCACGCAACACAAGUCUUGACGUCUUACCUCAAACCCUCUGGGUACCUCAUCGUUGCCGACAUUGCCCGGACUCCGGAUACUGUGCGGGCUUUUCAGCGGAAUGAGGAUAUUAAGGAAGUGGUGAGUCAUGUGGGGGGGUUGGAGGUGGAGGAGGUUAGGAGGGUUAUGCGAGAGGCGGGGUUAGGGGGGGUUGUGGUGGAGGAGAGGUUGAGGUUUAAGAUCAGGGUUAGGGGGGCUGGGUGUAAACAGACUCACGGUCACUCCCAUGGGCAUGAGAGUGGAGAUGGUCAUAGUCAUGGAAGUGGUGCUGGUGGCCAUUCGCAUGGGGAUGGACAUGGGCACGGGCACGGGCAUGCGCAUGGACAUAGCCACGGAAAGGGUGGGAAUCAUAACGGUCCCCACGAUGGCCAUGGCCACAAGCUCGAACACAAACAUGAGGAGAAAGAGAAAGAGGCGGAGGCGGAGGAGGGCAGGGAUGAGCACCCUGAUGUCCCGGGCGAUAAGGGCGGGCACCCAAUGAGUAUUUUCAUUGCGAUCGGGCAGAAGCAGUAACCCAAAACGACGCGAUACGCCAGCAUCAGCCGUCACGUUCUUUAGCAUACAUAACCCAAUAUACCCUUUGAUGUUCCUGGCCAAUUCGAGAUGCGUUCACUCCACCUUCUCUCUUUCGCGUACCACGCUCUUCAGCAGUCUCCACACCACCCUCACACUAACCCAAACACUAACCCCCACA